AUGUGGCUGCGCGAGUCCCCGCGCCCCUUCUGGGGACCGCUGCUGGCGCUGGUGCUGACGCUGGGCGGACUGCCAAGAGUCAGGGGCUUCGAGGAGGAGCCAAGCAACGCGAGCCAGGGAUUCCAGGUAGUCACCUUCAAAUGGCACCACGUCCAGGACCCCUACAUCAUCGCGAUCUGGAUUCUCGUGGCCAGCUUAGCCAAAAUUGUGUUCCACCUGUCGCACAAGGUCACCAGUGUCGUCCCUGAGAGUGCUCUGCUCAUCGUGCUGGGCCUGGUGCUGGGCGGCAUCGUCUGGGCAGCCGACCACAUUGCCUCCUUCACGCUCACGCCCACGGUCUUCUUCUUCUACCUGCUGCCCCCCAUCGUGCUGGACGCUGGCUACUUCAUGCCCAACCGGCUCUUCUUUGGCAACCUGGGCACCAUCCUGCUGUACGCCGUCAUCGGCACUGUGUGGAACGCAGCCACCACCGGCCUGUCGCUCUAUGGGGUCUUCCUCAGUGGCCUGAUGGGCGAGCUGCAGAUCGGGCUCCUGGACUUCCUGCUGUUUGGCAGCCUGAUCGCAGCUGUGGACCCGGUGGCCGUCCUGGCCGUGUUUGAGGAAGUGCACGUCAACGAGGUCCUGUUCAUCAUCGUGUUCGGGGAGUCACUGCUGAAUGACGCCGUCACUGUGGUCCUGUACAAUGUCUUCGAGUCUUUUGUGACCUUGGGUGGUGACAAGGUGACCGGUGUGGACUGCGUAAAAGGCAUAGUGUCCUUCUUCGUGGUGAGCCUGGGGGGCACGCUGGUGGGUGUCGUCUUCGCCUUCCUGCUGUCCCUGGUGACACGCUUCACUAAGCACGUGCGCAUCAUCGAGCCCGGCUUUGUCUUCGUCAUCUCCUACCUGUCCUACCUGACCUCCGAGAUGCUGUCCCUGUCGGCCAUCCUGGCCAUCACCUUCUGUGGCAUCUGCUGCCAGAAGUACGUGAAGGCCAACAUCUCAGAGCAGUCGGCCACGACCGUGCGCUACACCAUGAAGAUGCUGGCCAGCGGGGCCGAGACCAUCAUCUUCAUGUUCCUUGGCAUCUCGGCGGUGGACCCCCUCAUCUGGACCUGGAACACAGCCUUCGUGCUGCUCACGCUGGUCUUCAUCUCCGUGUACCGGGCCCUUGGCAUUGUCCUGCAGACCUGGAUCCUGAACCGGUACCGCAUGGUGCAGUUGGAACCCAUCGACCAGGUGGUCAUGUCCUACGGCGGCCUGCGCGGGGCCGUGGCCUACGCCCUGGUGGCGCUGCUGGAUGAGAACAAGGUCAAGGAGAAGAACCUCUUUGUCAGCACGACCAUCAUCGUGGUCUUCUUCACGGUCAUCUUCCAGGGCCUGACCAUCAAGCCCCUGGUGCAGUGGCUAAAGGUGAAGAGGAGUGAGCAGCGGGAGCCCAAGCUCAACGAGAAGCUGCACGGUCGGGCAUUUGACCAUAUCCUCUCUGCCAUCGAGGACAUCUCAGGACAAAUUGGACACAAUUAUCUCAGAGAUAAGUGGUCCAGUUUUGAUAGGAAGUUCCUCAGCAAGGUCCUGAUGAGAAGGUCAGCCCAAAAGUCUCGAGAUCGGAUUCUGAAUGUCUUCCAUGAGCUGAACUUGAAAGACGCCAUUAGCUAUGUGGCUGAGGGAGAGCGGCGCGGGUCACUGGCCUUCAUCCGCUCCCCAAGCACCGACAACAUGGUGAACGUAGACUUCAGCACACCGCGCCCAUCCACCGUGGAGGCCUCUGUGUCCUACCUCCUGAGGGAGAAUGUCAGCGCCGUGCGCCUGGACAUGCAGUCCCUGGAGCAGAGACGGAGGAGCAUCCGAGACACGGAGGACAUGGUCACCCACCACACGCUGCAGCAGUACCUGUACAAGCCCCGGCAGGAGUACAAGCAUCUCUACAGUCGGCACAAGCUAACUCCAAACGAGAGCGAGAAACAGGACAAGGAGAUCUUCCACAGAACGAUGCGAAAACGCCUGGAGUCCUUCAAGUCGGCUAAGCUGGGGAUCAACCAAAACAAGAAGGCUGCCAAGCUGUACAAGAGGGAGCGCGCGCAGAAGCGGAGGAACAGCAGCAUCCCCAAUGGGAAGCUGCCCAUGGAGAGCCCAGUGCACAGCUUCACCAUCAAGGAGAAAGAUUUGGAACUUUCAGACCCUGAGGAGGCCCCUGACUAUGAAGCAGAGGAGACCAGUGGGGGCAUCGAAUUCCUGGCCAGCGUCACAAAGGAUACGGCCUCUGACUCCCAAGCAGGAAUCGACAACCCUGUGUUCUCCCCCGAGGAGGACCCGGACCCCAGCAUCCUGGCCAGGGUGCCGCCCUGGCUGUCCCCUGGCGAGACUGUGGUACCCUCCCAGAGGGCCCGAGUACAGAUCCCCCACUCUCCUGGCAACUUCCGGCGCCUGACACCCUUACGCCUCAGCAACAAGUCAGUGGACUCCUUCCUGCUGGCUGAUGGCACUGAGGAACGGCCCCACGCUGCCCUCCCCGAGUCCACACACAUGUAA